ACGACUGUAUGACCCAUUCCGCGUCGUCACGAUUGACCGUGGCGUCCUGUAUUCAUUCUAGAUCGCAAUUGAGUGUCUGUACUUUUCGAGCCUCAGUACCAUCUAGCAUUCAGCACCAAUGUAUUUUACUGUCUGGGCGCGCUUAGCGCACAAACAGUCCUCUCUCAGGGCAAUGAUUCUGUUUCGUCGAGAUUGCGAACAAACAGUUAACCUUCGGUACUUAGGUCCCUAAGCGCAAGAAAACUCUCAGUACCGAUCAUUCGACCUCGCAGAUCCCAGGAUCCAGGGCGUUUGGUACGCACAGUGGGUUGCUAGCGCCCUAUUUCAACCAACAUUCGCAUAACCUGGAGGUCGUCGACUACUUAUCUUUAGUUGUGCAAACUCGAUCACAUCAACCUAAAACACUCAGGAACUCAAACAAACCCCUGCUUUCACGUUCCCCGCCUUAUCUGCAAGGUAGAAUGUCUACGAGAUAGCUCGGUCCCUUUUGUUUUCUUGCGCGCCCAUCCAGACGUGUCCCACAGGCAUGGCAGAUCCCGGAUAACGUGCUCCUGUCGGGGCAAGGAAAGCAUACAAUUCAUAUCGAAGCUUUCGGCCUGAUACGGCUGGUGUGCGCCUUCCUGAAGCCAAGUUGCUUAUAGAGCUGGCCUGCUGAAGGCCCAUCGAGCGAGGAUUUUCGACGUUGGUUGAGUACCCUCCAUCAUGGCUCGCAAGACCGUUUUCGUAGUAGGCCUUGGCAUGGUCGGAAUAGCUUUCAUUGAGAAGCUGUUGAACUUCGACCAAAGUGGUAAAUAUCGUGUUGUGACAUGUGGUGAAGAAAUAUAUCUUGCGUAUAACCGUGUUGCGCUGACUGAGUACUUUCAACAUCGCAAUGUCGAGAAAUUGUAUCUGAACCAAGCCGACUGGUAUACACAGCAAGACCCUGAUCGUUUUCUCUUCUACGUCGGUGAGGCUGUGACAACCAUUAACACCAGUGCAAAGAACGUUACCACGGACAAGGGACGCGUUGUCCCGUACGAUUAUUGCAUCAUUGCAACAGGCUCCCAAGCUACGUUACCGGAUUAUGUUGAUACCAGUCUACAUGGUGUCUUCGUCUACCGCAACAUUUCCGACCUGGAUCAGCUGCUGGCGUACGCCAGUAGCGACCAAGCCAAAGGUGGAAGAGCUGCCGUAAUAGGCGGAGGUCUCAUUGGCUUGGAAGCUGCCAAGGCCGUCUAUGACCUCGACACUGUGAAAGAUGUGACUAUCGUCAAUCGCAAGGCUUAUCCUCUCUCACGUCAGUUAGAUGAUCUGGGAGGCGAGAUCGUCCUUCGUCGAAUCGAAGCCAUGGGUGUUCAAGUCCUGACAAACGCGUCUGUGAAGCGUUUACUCACUGAGAAUAAUGUUCUCACUGGUCUCGAGAUGGAGGACGGCUCGACAGUGGAUUGUCAGAUUGUCAUCUUCUCUGUUGGCAUCACCGCACGAGACGACCUUGCUCAAACAUCCGGGAUUCGUUGCGACGAGAAUCAUGGUGUCAUAGUGGAUGACCAACUGCGAACCAGUGCUUCGGAUGUAUUCGCUAUUGGGGAAUGCGCAAGAUGGAAAGGCAAUACGUACGGUCUGAUUGCUCCUGGGAUUGAAAUGGCUGAUAUUCUUGCCUUCAAUUUGACUCAAACCCAAACUGAAGUGGGCAGCUUCGAACCGCGGAAGAUGAACAUCCCGGAUCUGUCCACCAAGCUUAAACUGAUGGGAGUGGACGUAGCUUCAUUCGGCGAUUUCUUUGCAGAGAGGCGGCGCACAAGCCAGAAGCGACCCGUGCAGACUAUCGAGAACCCUCAGCCUAGUGCGGCAUCAACGAAACCCAGAGAUGCUUCUUCCCCUAGAAAGCGACAUGGUGCUAGUGCAGCCGCGGAGGGCCCCAUGGAAACUUUGACAUACCGAGAUCCAUUUGCGGGAGUAUACAAAAAGUACAUUUUUAGUUCGGAUGGAAAAUACCUCAUUGGCGGCAUGAUGGUUGGAGAUACAUCGGAUUAUAUCAAGCUCAUUGCAUUAGUCAAGAAAAGGAAAGCUCUGGAAGUUCCGCCAUCUCAGUUUAUUCUGAGUAACACGAGUAGAGAUGAUAGUGGGGCCGAUUUAGACGAUGAUACCCAAAUAUGUAGCUGUCAUAACGUCACAAAAGGAAGGAUCGUUGAGUGUGUCAAAGAAGGUAUUGAUACGAUCAACGGUAUCAAGGCAAAGACGAAAGCUGGGACUGGUUGUGGUGGUUGUAUACCACUUCUUACCAACAUAUUCAAAGCGGAGAUGAAGAAGGCGGGUAAUGCAGUAUCCAACAAUCUCUGUCCUCACUUCGCAAUGCCACGAGCUGAUAUCUUCAACGUCGUCAAAAUCAAGAAGCUGAAGACUUUCCCAGAUAUAAUGGCAGCCAUUGGCGUGAAGCCCGACUCUCUAGGUUGCGAGACAUGCAAACCGGCCAUCGGCAGUAUUCUAUCAUCGCUGUAUAACGAACAUGUGAUGGAUAUUGUUCAUCAUUGCAACCAAGAUACGAACGAUAGGUUUUUGGCCAAUAUACAACGGAAUGGAAGUUUCUCCGUUAUUCCUCGUAUCGCUGCAGGAGAAAUCACACCUGACAAGCUCAUCGUACUCGGCGAGGUCGGCAAGAAAUAUGGCUUGUAUACAAAGAUCACAGGCGGACAACGUGUGGAUCUUUUCGGUGCUCAGAAAGCUGACCUUCCUGCAAUUUGGAAGGAAUUGAUCGAUGCUGGAUUCGAGAGUGGCCACGGAUAUGGUAAAGCGCUCCGAACAGUCAAAUCCUGCGUCGGGACUUCCUGGUGUCGGUAUGGCAUCGGCGACUCUGUAGGCAUGGCCAUUCAGUUGGAGGAACGAUACAAAGGCAUUCGAUCGCCACAUAAGCUCAAAGGUGGCGUCAGCGGAUGUGUUCGUGAAUGUGCCGAGGCCCAAAGCAAAGAUUUCGGUUUGAUUGCCACUGACAAAGGAUGGAAUGUAUUUAUCGGCGGAAAUGGGGGUGCUAAUCCUCGGCAUGCAACGCUUUUUGCUCAAGACGUACCACCGUCCCAGGUGAUCAGGGUCAUCGACCGUUUCCUGAUGUACUACAUCCGAACUGCAGACAAACUCAUGCGUACGGCUCGUUGGGUAGAAAGCAUGGAUGGCGGCAUUGAAAAAUUGCGGAAGGUCAUUUUGGAAGACGAACUUGGUAUCUGUGAAGACCUCGAUCGUGAAAUGGACGAACUAGUGGGAACGUACUAUGACGAGUGGAAAGCGGUUGUGGAUGAUCCUGAAAGGCAGAAGCAGUUCCGGCAAUUUGACGAAAGAAAGCCCCAAACAGAGUCUAUCGUAGAACGUGGUCAGUUCCGGCCAGCCAAUUGGGAUAAGAAAGAACAAUCCGUUCGACUUAGUUCCAGCGAUAUUCUUGAAGCUAAGGAGAACUGGAAGUGGCGAAAAUUAGCUCGAGUCCAAGACCUUAGGCCAUCUGAAGCUGGUACAACGUCUGCAGCUGUAAAAUACGGGGAUAGCCAGAUAGCCAUCUUCCACGUACCCCGCCGAGGGUACUUUGCAACUCAACAAAUGUGUCCGCACAAGAGAGCUUUUGUCCUCGAGCACGGGCUUGUCGGGGAUGAUCCUAGCACGGGCAAUGUCUACGUUUCUUGUCCUAUGCACAAACGGAACUACGCUCUUGAUUCAGGUACAUGCUUGAACGACGAUAACUAUAGCAUUCUCGCCUUCGAGGUCAGAGCGGAAGCUGAUGACAUUCUACUGCUGCUUCCGGAUGCGUCUGCCCUGGAUGCUGUGAUCGGUACAAGCAAAUGGAUGGUACGACAAGCUACUGCAGAAUCCAGACAAAGAGGUGGCGAUGCGAUUGAGAUUGUUGGACCCGCGGAAGAAGAGACGUCGGCCGCAUGCGCGAAGCCUCUCUGUGGUAGCACUGCCUUAGACUGGUGAUCGAUAGCGGUAGUGGUAUAUCAGGUAGAUAGGUUCAUUUUCAAAUUUGGCCCAUUGUCCACAGCAUGUAUUAAAACGACUUUGAAGUUUCCAACCUUUUCUACGUCUUUUUCAGUAAAUGCAGACCCUAGCCAAGUUCCAAUUCAAUCUCUAGUCGGGUGGUUACCUAAAUAGGCGGCUCGAUUAGGCAAUUGCACAAUGGGCACUUAGUCACUAGUCCAGUAAACCGCGUUGCAGCAACGUGAACUAUUGUGUAGCACCCUCAGGCACCUAGGCAUGUCCUGAGCUUCCUCCCUUGCUGGCAGGAUAAUUCUGCUUGUUUUCAAUAACAGAUUUCCCCUCAAAAGUCUCUCUCGGCUGUGCGAAUUGUCGUUUGGCUUUGACGCCAACGCUAUACAGUUCAGGGCUUGCGUCAGGCUUCGCGCCGACUGCUAUUGUGCCCGCUUGUCAGUUGCAGCCAUCGAUACCAAAGUCUUUUUGUCA